AUGGAUUAUGAGGAAGUGCUGAGGCAAUUCCAGACGGCCAAAGCCGAACAGGGAGAGGAUGAGGAUGUGCUCCUAUCUGCCUUGCUACAGAAACACCAGCAAAGUGGACGAUGGAAGCAGAUCGUCGCGGCCUUUGCCAGUUUGUCAGAGACCAAACGGAGCAAGGAAUGGCUGCAACGCAGGGGCAGACGCUUGAAACUUCGUGACGAGGCACGGGAGGAGGUGAAAGCCGAGAAGACAGGUUCUGCACCCGAAGAAGAACACGUUGCAGAAGGCCGCGAAGUGCCUGACAUGUUCUUCCGGGAAAAAUUUCAUAUGCUGAAGAAAGCAGUUAUGGGUUGCCAAACAGAUAGUCAUGCGCAAGGCUUCCUUAAAAACUCCAGAGAUGUGCAGAUGGAAAUGUGCUCAAUCUGCCACAGUGUUGAGUACAAGCCGCCGGUGCAAGGACAGAUUGAUGCUGUUCUUUUCCAACACUACUGUGCAUCUUUGUCCAAAACCUACAACUUCAGAAAGUCUCGACACUGGACCACAGGGUUUUGCUGCGAAAGCCAGCACUGCAAAACUCGGUUUAUCGUGAUGAAAUCGUUGGAUGCAUUGGGUUCGCCGGGGGAUGGUGAGCUCGUCUUCCUCACUCUGCGGAAUGCAUUGCGUGAGUUCUUUACAGAAAAGGCAAGCAAUGCUAGGAGAAAAGCCGCGAUUCGCGCAAAGUACAGCGACAUCUUGCCACUGUGUUUUGAUCAGUUUUGCCCUUUUGCAGACUGCAUGUACACAAAGCCUCUGGCAGCUUUGCGCAAGCUUGUGUUCGACCACCUGGAAACACAGCGGGGGCUCCUCAGCCGUGCGUUGCAACAUCCUGCAGCUAUGUGGUCAGCAGUUGCAGCUCAUUUGUCUGCGCCUUUGCAGGCGCAAAACGUCAAUUGCCUUCUGGGUAAGAAAGGCACAGCACUGGAACAAGGCUUGCGUGAUGCUUACGUAGAAUGGCUUCUGGACAGCAUCCUUCCUACAUUGGGCAUUGUUGAUGCUGGACGAAUGAGCGAGUGGCACAUCAUCCCGGAGUGGCAGAGGAUCCUCAUGACAUGCACUACAGCAUCAAAUCUGGGCAUCCCCACAGAAGACCUGCAAAAGAUGACUUACGAAGACUUCAGCGAAUGUCUCAAGGGUUUCUUGGACAUAGAGCUGGCCUUCUUGACCCAUCUGCCUGGGGUUGACGUGGAUCGUUGGUUGUUGCGCCUGCUGUUGUGGUCUUCCUUCCUCACGAAGUAUCUGCUCCUUGUGGACACCCUGUCAGUGGAACUGACGAGUGCGGAGGACAUCAAGCUACAGGAGCGCAUGCCUGAACCCGUGGAAGAUGUGCCCGCCCUGGAGCUUGCUCGACUGCCUGUGGGAACCUGGGUGCGAAGCACGGAGGAUAAGAGUGGCAUGCGCGGGGAGUUGAUUGCAGCGAAGGGUUCCACCUGCUUGGUGAAGUUUCCAAACCGUUACCAUUUGGAGGAGAUUGCGUCUCAAGCUCUUUUUCCAGUGGGCACCGUGGGGAAGUGCCAGGGAUGCAAAAAGCUGGGCGUUUGGUCCUGCAGUGGCUGCUGCUCUGCGUUGUACUGUUCCACGGAAUGCCAGCAUCUCCACUGGGCAAACCACUGUGCGAUGUGCGCACCGGCCGAGGACGCGCCGGACGCGCUGGCGAGCGAGGCAGUACCUCCCCACGUAGACUUGCGGAGCCUCGUUGACCAGCUCAACUUUGCAUUGCAGAUUCUGGAGGCGUCAAAAAGGGAUGAAGCUCCUUGCGGCGACGUUUGGAAGGCCAUUGCGCUGCUAGAACACGUCAUGGAAGUUCUGGAGCCAGUAGCGUACGAACCCCUACGUCUGGCAAAAGUUGAAGAUGAGGAGAAUGUGUACUUUGUCAAUGGAUCUCUUCGCUACCUUCUGGUAAAAGUUCUGGUGUCUGCAGCGCAAAUGACAGGGCAUGCUGGAGACGACAAGCGUGCAGUCUCCUAUGCCGACCAGGCCAUCUCACUUCUUGCAGAUCUGAGACAGCAGUAUGCGAGCCACCGCCUUGGAAUGGAAGACCAUGUCGUUCUUCAAGCAAAGGCACACUUUGCCCGGUCUUUGUCCUUACCGUCCUCGCCAGAGAAACGGCAGUCCUUGCACACUGCAACGCAGCUCUGCGAAUACUAUGGUUUGCCCCGGUCAGAGUGCAUAUAUUUCCCAGAUUCGCACAAGAAGAAACUUGGCUGGGAUUGGGUCGCCAAGCUCGGAAGCGACUCAGGCACAUGCUCCGACGAAUCUGUUUCUGGGAACGACAGUGACAGCAAUGUCCACGACCCACCACCAGCACCGCCGCUUGCGAUUUUGGAUUGCGCAAGCUGUACGAAGUGUGGCGAUCGGGUCAAGAAGAGCAGGCUGAAAAUUCACUGGCAACGAGAGUGCCCGAGUAGGCGGGCGACUUGCCCACAUUGCUCUGAGUGGUGUGAGGCUGCCUUCAUGGAGGAGCACCAAGCCAAGGAUUGUACCGAAUAUCCCGUCUCUUGCGAGCUCUGCCACACUUCAGUGGCCCGAAGGCUGAUGGGCCAUCACCUGCGUUCAGACUGCUGCUUCCGAAUGGUUUCUUGCAGUAACAGUGGCUGCACCUGGCAAGAUGUUGCAGAGAACGCCUCGAUUCAUCAGGAAAGAUGCCCUUUUGGUCAGCAGACGUGUGAGUUCUGCAUGGAAUCUUUUCAAUCUCGCUUUAUGCCUUCCCAUGUUUGCCCCAUCGUUCUGAUGGAUCAGACCUGCACUGCUUGCUGCGAGCCCUUCGCAGAUUUGGCCAAGCAAGACAUCUUGCCUGCGAUCUUUUUGCGGUCCGGCAGCCGGGCCUGCCGCCACGCCAGCCUCUGCGUGCGAUGUGCUACCAAGUGGUCGCUCCGUGCCGAGAGCCGAAGCUUGCUGCCGCAGUGUCCGCUGUGCCGAGUGGAGUUUGACACCUGGGCGGCAUGCCCACCGGAUCUUCUGGUGGAGGUAGCACAACCUCCCACGGCGACUUCCAGGCCGUUCCCACGGAUGUGCGACUGCCCAGCAGACUCCUAUCACUGGUUGUCGCCUUUGCGCGUGCAUUUUACACAUGCGAGCAUCUCCGAACACUUCAAGAAGGAGGAGAGUAGUUUCGGAUGGAGGAAACCACGGAUCCUCGACACCGUGCAGCAGCUCCUGCAAGGCGUUGAACCAGAGGAACUAGAUUGCCUGGAGGUGGUGUGGCACCAAGGCCGUGUCUAUGUGGCAGGUUCAGGCAAUCGCCGCCUUUGUGUUUGGCGUUUGCUUUGCCUUUUCUAUCCGCAGCAGUGGGCAGCGGUGAAGGUCAAAUUCAAAAACCGGGGCGAUCCGCGCAUCCAUUUCAAGGCGGCCUUCGACACGACCUGCAGCGGCGACUUUGUCCAAGUGCGCCGGGGCCGUUUCGUGGGAAAGACCUUGGAGCCGUGUGGCGAUGACCCCGGCGUGGUGUGGACAGAAGCCUGGGACUUGCUGAAGCCGACGCCUCGACGACUCGGCCGCUGA